GGACUGCGAAUCCAGUGCUAAUGUUACUCCCGACCAUACGGCGAAUAGGGUGCUGUUGAAUGUGCUGCUGGCUUUACUCCAGACUGCGACCCAAGAUGGCGGGAAGCCCUCUCGCGUACGAGCUGGCGAAGUUCUGUAAAUACUCUCGGCAGCUCCGCCUCACGCUGAAGGACACCCGGGGCGCCUUCGAUGACGUACAGAAGCACGGGGGGUUCUGGGACGGCGGUCUACAGCACUCCUGGCACGAGGAGGAAGAGUAUAUCCAGUCAGUGAUCACCCGGCCGCCAUGUUUGGUUAUCCUGGGCCAGUCGUGUGACGCGAAAGCUUCCGUUGUGAACGAGCUGUUCGGUGAGGCGGUCCUGCCGACAGUGCAGAGUCGGGAUGUGAGCGUCAGCUGGCGCAUGCUCAGGUUCAAGUUCGGCAGCAGCCGGAACCUGCGGCUGACCCUGCCGGACAGUUUUGAACUUGUGGACACGCUGGCUGCGUACGAGCAGGACUGGAGCACGGUCCCGCUGGCGGACCUCGAGCUGCGCGGGGAACACCGGACGGACGUGGCGCUGGCGGCCGCGGUGGUGGAGGUGGUUCUGAACCACGCCCUGCUGAAGGACGGGUCGGAGGUCGUCGUGUCGCCCUCACACAUCCCGGGCCUCAGCACCACCCAGGUGUUCUCCAAGUGCACGGAGGACGUGUUGCCGGUGGUUCUGUAUGCAGUCAGCAAGGAGCGCCUCUCCGACUGGGAGGUGCAGGAACUGGUGGACAUCAGGGAAGGUUUCCCCGAGACUCCCGUUUUCUUUGUAAGGACUCGAGACUGUGAGAGGGAGGACAGCCCAGCCGAACCCUCCCUUCUACAGCAGCUGUGCUGGGCCGGCUUCCAGGUCCUGCCUUCAAACAGGCACUCAGGGCCGUCCAACGCAGCACAGUCAUUAAACACAGCACCAUCAAACAGGCACUCAGGGCCGUCCAACACAGCACAGUCAUCAAACACAGUACCAUCAAACAGGCACUCAGGGCCGUCCAACGCAGCACAGUCAUCAAACAUUGCACAAUCAAACAGGCACUCAGGGCCGUCCAACACAGCACAAACACAGCGCAGUGUUUCCCCCAACACGACACUCCGCAAGGCCCCGAAGGCCCCGCCUGGGUCGCGGUUGGUAGAGAGUUUUGACCAGUUCCCUUCGGUGCUGCUGUUUGUCCGGCAGGUGGUGCAGACGCAGCUGGUUCGCGCCGCCUGCGUGCUGCACUCCGCCCACACGCGCUGCCUGCAGAUGUUCAUCACCUCGGCCUUCGACAUGGCGCGUGACAUCAUGAUCACGCCCCGCAGGAUCGAGUAUGCGCGGGCGCGGGAACGCGAGCUGUACGACAGCCUGGUCGCCAUCUCCGACAGGAAACAGGACGAAAUCAGGAACCUGAUCCGGGAGACGGUGGCGAACAUUCGGGAAGAACUGCUGGAAGAUGCUGCCAGCUACUCCUUCAUAGGAGUUGACCUAACGGAGUCGGGAGAACUUCUGGACUCCAAACAGCUACGGAGCUGCACAUCGCAGAUCCAGGACCUGGUGCUGAACAAGCUCAACACAGCUGUGGCAGGGCAGCUGAUUGGCUCAGUAGACUGUCUGAGAGAGAGUUUUGUCGGCACGUUGGCCAGAUGUAUCGAGAGUCUGGAGAAGGACCAGGGGGAUGCUGAGGACUGCGUCGCGAGUGUUCAUCUCAAACAGGUACAAAUAAACAAACAAACAAACAGGACUGCAUCGCGAGUGUUCAUCUCAAACAGAUACAAAUAAACAAACAAACAAACAAACAAACAGGACUGCGUCGCGAGUGUCCAUCUCAAACAGGUACAAAUA